AUGGCACAACUCUUGUCUUAUGCAGGGAGGAUGCAACUUGUGAAGACAAUGCUGAGUAGUAUGCAAAACUACUGGGCACAUAUUUUCCCUCUAUCCAAAAAGAUUAUUAGAGCUAUUGUGAGUGUGUGCAGAAGAUUCCUAUGGACAGGGAAAACUGGUGAAUCUAAGAAGGCUCCAAUUGCUUGGGAUAUGCUGCAGAAACCUAAGACAGCUGGGGGGUGGAACAUAAUAAAUAUGGAGGUUUGGAACAAAGCUGCAAUGCUCAAGUUGUUAUGGGCAAUUGCCUUCAAAACAGACAAGCUUUGGGUUAAAUGGGUUCACUCCUAUUACAUUAAGAGAUCAUCAUAUGACACUAAUAGGUUGGCUACAACUAACAGGCUUAGCACUUGGGGCAUAAACUGUAAUACUAGGUGCAGUCUGUGCAGAAGAGAAGAUGAAUCAGUGGAACAUCUUUUUUUCAUGAGUGAUUAUGCAAAGGAGGUGUGGCAAGGGGUGUGCAAUCAGCUGAGGUUGUCAAGUGGGAACUGCAGCUUUCAUAGUGUUCUGGAAACAACUAAAAGGAAAGCAAGGCAGAAGAAUGGGAAGUUGUUUGUCAUGGCAGUAACAGAAAGUUUUUAUGCAGUUUGGAGGCAAAGGAAUAACCAAGUCUUCAAUCAGCAACUUCAGUCAACAACUAUGGUUGUAAGAGAUGUUUUAUUUAAAAUAGCUGUUAGGUGUACUGAAGAAGACAGAAGUAGGAUGAUUGUUUAG